CACGAACAGUAUAAGAGCACACAGGAGAGGGAGUAGGCGGCCUUUGCUUCUAGUGGGGCUUGGGUCUCCUGGUUUUGCUCACAGCUUGUGGCGGUGCUGUGUGUGUUCUGGAGCCAUACGCCUAGCAACCAGAAAUGGAGAAUUUCGAGUACAGCAUCCAGCUGAAUGACCGAGACUGGGCAGAGUUUUACUUGGCUUCGGAAGAGUGCAGUUUGAUCCCGGCUGCCCUGGCCAGCGCAGACGAGCAGUGCUUCAGUGACAUUGAGCAAGGGGACAGCGAGGACGACAGCCUCCGCCCCACCCGGCUGAUCACAGUCAGGGCAGGCUGCACGCCGGCUGUUGGCACAGGACACUACCCCCAGCGUGGUGUCCUCAGAGAGACCUCUCCGUCCUGGCCUUUGCGCCUGGCCCGGGAGGAAGUUCUGUCGGGCAGCGAGGAUGAAAUGGAUGUAGGUUCAGUCAGCAGGUUUCUGUGUGAGAACGACAAGCCUGGAAAUGCCCAUCAGGCUGCGCUGAGGCCUAGCACCCAGGACGGGCAGCUGCCCUUUUUCUCAGAGGCCGGGUCUAUGGGCCCAGCCAGCCCUGCUCUGGAGAAGCUGCUCCUGCCCCAAGACAGCCUCCGCCAGGAAUUGGGCCAGACUGCAGAACGUGCAGCAGCCGCACGGGCAGGAGGGGGUGUGCCAGACGGAGCUCUACAGCCGGGGGGAUUACUGAGGGUGCAUCUACAAAGCAGGCCAGAGAAGGCAGAGUCUGAAAGGCCAGUUCAUGCAGCGGAUGGAAGCUCUCCAGCAACUGCUGCCUCAGAAGGGGUGGAGAGGCCAGCGGGAGAAAAGGCUAACUGGCCUGUCUGCUUAGCGGCCAGGCUGCCCGACUCAAACGGUGCCAUUUCCCAGAAUCCAUCUGCAGGACCCCUGCAGCCAGCGUGUUCCAGGAUAGCAGGGAAGAGCUGCCCUGCUAAGGAAAAUCCAGAGGAGCGCAGACGUCUAGGUCACACUUGGACUGCUUCGGGCUCCCCUGGAGACUCUCCGGCUGUCAUGGAGCCUAUGCACUGGGGGGAGAGCUGUGAGCACCAGGGAACACCCACAGACGAGGUGACACCAUCGCAUGGGGCCCUGGCUCCAGCUUUGGAGUUUUUAACCCCCUCUGCCCUACUGCGAGAGAGCAAAGGGGAGGGAACAGCAGCCAAACCGGCUCUUGAGGGACUGGCAGGUGAGGAUGAAGCUUCGCAAUAUGGUACCUGGACCUGUGGUGUGCUCAGGGAUGAGGGGCGAGGGCUAGUACUGGGAGGUCAGGCGGCCAGCACUCCCAGGAGCAAGGGGGUGAAAGGUCCAGCAACGCAGUCCUUCCCAGAAGUGAAGCAGGCCAGAGGGGCAAGGCCAAAGCAAGCAACUGAUUCAGGUGUGCGAGAGAAUGCGCCGUCGGCUCCGAGUCGCACACCCAAGGAGUCCCAGAGCGAGGCGUGUGAGAGCACCACAGGGAAACCCCUGCAUCUUGGAAACAAGGAGGCCUUUGGAGGGGAUGUUGAAGAUGGUGCCCAUGGAAGGCAGAGACCUGGGCUCUUAAGAAGGAUGUUUUCUCUUCAUUCAGCAGCUGAGGACUCUCUGGAGGGGGCCACACCUGCCCUGACCUGGCCAGAGAUGUGUGACUAUUUUUUCUGUGACACCCAGGAGCCCAAGAACAACCAGGGACGGGUGGAGGAAACUCCCCUUUCUUUCUCCAAGAAGGAGCAGGAGGUACCCGAAAUGUACGGGCCUGAGAUGUACGAAUAUUUCUUUAACGACCCUGAAGAAAGCUGGGAAGGAGGCAGCAAAGAGACCUUUGUGGAGCCAGACAGGGCCAGCGGCAGCUUAGUGCAAACCUUGUCACUGUGCGAAAGCCGAGAGGAGCCGGGCUUGGCCACAGCCGGCGAACCUGCCGGUGUUCUCUCCAUCCCGGAGAUUUACGAACAUUUCUUUGACGACGGAACAAGGGGCAGGAGGAGCUGGGGGGAGAUCUUCCUGAGCAUGCCGGCCUGGGAGGCAAGAAAAGCCAUGAUGGCUGUGAAAUCCCUCCUGCGAAAGCCAACGUGCCUGGUCAGAUGCAGCCCCCGCAAUCGUGCGGCCCCGGUACCAAGAGGUUCCAGAAAGAGGCUCCCACUUCUCCAGUUGAGGCUUCCCACUAGAAUCGAGCUGCAGCCAGAGGAUCUAGGCAUGGCCCCUGUCCUAGCAGAAAGGCCUCACCCACCAUUAGCUCUCACGCAGGAGGACAUGUGCCUGGUCUUUGUUGCCUUUGCAUCCUGGGCUGUGAAGACGUCAGAUCUGCAGGCUCCGGACGCAUGGAAGACUGUGUUACUGGCAAACUUCGGCACUCUCUCUGCCAUCCGUUACUUCAGACGGCAGGCCAUCGAAGGACGGCACAGCACCUAAACACUCCCCCGUGGCCCAGACAGAGACACGUCCCGUGGGCCCGCUAGGAAGAGGCCGAGAGACAACUCUGCACCUCACCCUUUGGCAAUAAAACAACUCUUUGCAGCCUGGAUUCCAGAACAACAUCUCUAGAUCCAUUGGCAGAGUCCUGGCAUGGAGUAGGAUGCUGGGACAUAGCACUGAAAUCAGGCACAUAAUCUAUUAUCAGCAUGAUAUGCAUUUUGUUACACUGGGCAGAAUUAGGCCCUGUGCAUGCUGGUUCAGUUCUGCUCACUGCCUUGGGCUUGGUCAAACACAACAACGGGAAUUGGGGCUAAAAGAAUCCAUACGUCUGACUGACGUAGCUAUGCUGACCUAUGCCCUGUGUAGCAACCACUCAACAGACGAAUGCUUCUGUCAAUAUAGCUACCGUCGCUCGGGGGGGUGGCGUUCCAAUCCCUUCCUUCAGUGUAGGCUGUGUCCACACUAUAGAGCAUUGGUGGUCAACCUGCGGCCCAUGGGCUGGAUGCUGCCCAUUGUGGGUCUGUCAGACGUUUUAUUUACUGUCGCCCCUGAGCAGUGUUGCCAAAUUUCACUGGUUUCCAUUCAGGGUUUUUUUUUCCUGCUGGGGUUACUAAAGUGACACACCCGUAAAGCCACGUGAAGGGAGGUGGGUGCUGAUCACACACAACACUGACUGGAAGAGCCGUGUGCUCCCUCUGCUUCCAGUCAAAGCGCGGCUACAGUGCAAUGGGCACCCUCCUCCCUCCCCACAAAUUCUAGGCACACAAGCGCAGGGAGCAAAACUGCCCUGUCCCCGGAGACCGUCUUGGUUCCGACAAUCUUGCGGCUCACGGAGAUGGAGGAGGGCCACUCAUGCAACCCACUCACUGGCCUAGGCUGCCCGUUGCUGCUCUAGAGUUUUGCCACCAUAGCUAUGCAUGUAAUACGGGGGGCUGGAACAAUUUGUGCAGUGGGGCUACUGAAAGCCAUUGAAACAAACCGUGAAGCCCGUAUCUAAAGGAAACUGCUGCAAGCCAGGGGGUGCUGCAGCCUCUGUCCCCCCCACGCCCCCGCUGACCUAGUUCAACACCUAUGCUGCUAGAGUCCCUGUAGUGUAGCGCUUUCCCCUCGCUCCUGCAAGCUCAGCAGUGUCACUUUGCUACGCUGGCUCCUAUGGAUAGUUGGGUAGUGGCAUUCACUGGGAUGUGUUCCAAGAGGAAUUGUAGCCAUUUGUCCCCCUUUGGCUGGAAGUUGAUGGCUGGUGGCACAGACAACUCUCUUCCUAGUGGGCAGACCCAAAGCAGAAGAAAUCAGGGCAGCACCUCUUCAGGCGGUGAAUAGUCUCGGCUAGCAGUGGGGAUUCUUUCUGGAAGGACGGGCAGGGGUUUGGGGACCCAUCGACUCUCCCCGGGUAAAUCUAUCCAUAUUGGCUACUUCUCCCCAGGCGAUCUGUAGAGCAGCAGUGAAGUUGGGAGGCUAUCCAAGUGGCCCUUGUUUAGCAGAGUUCCAACCUUCCUGGCUUGGAUUGCGUCAAGCAAGUUUGUCCUCUUGGAUGUCAAGGCUAAAAGUCAGCGUGUUUGUGCCAGGGGCGCAUUUCAGCGAGGCUGGAAUAGGAUUUCAGGAGCCAGGGCCCUGCCUUGCAGAGCCAUAGGCCUCAGGUUCAAUGACCUCUCUCCGUCUCUUAUGCACUGGGGUGGGGAGGCCACAGGGGCGCUCCUGCGGGGGAGGUACUGCUCGGCCUCAUCCAAUCAAUGACUCUCUGACCAGCUUUGCAGUGGCACUGAGGGGUCGUGAAAGGGAGCUGAGCUGGAUGGAGCGAAGGUUUCGUGGUCAGCGUUUAUACAGGGGCUGGGGAGAUGACAGGUGAAGGAGGAAUGGUCAUAAAGGCUCUGAUAGGAUGCAGACACUGGAGAAAGGGAAAAUACUGAAUAACCACGGAGCAGAUGGAAUUCGGAUGCUACGACCACCGGUCCCAACCCCCUCAGUGGUGAUCAGGCCCAAGAGUCCAGAGACAACAGUGGGGUCACAGCGGAGGGGGCUGAAAUGAGUGGGGGAGGGGCACAGAAAGGCGGUUUGGCAAAGUAGUGACU